ACCUGACAGGCUGGAAUCCUCGAUUCCCUCGCAUGUGCCUGCCACCUCAUGUCUUUCGGCAGACAUGCCUAUAGGCAUGCUAUUCAGCCCUCCUCGUCUGGUCUGAUAGACCAUGUCUGGAUCAGCGAGGACUUUCUAGCCUCUGCGUUCCGGCGAUUCGCAAACGGCCAACGACGUUACGAGAGCCGAGUCCCGGGACCAUUGGAGGCCAGGCGACGACUCGCGAAGCGGAGGAAUACUGCAUUGGCUGGAAUAGCUGGCACGGGGCCGCUGGACGAUAUCGCCUGCUUGUUUGGGCGGAAUGGACGGGAGCAUCUGAAAUGGACUGACGGCCGGAAGACACCACGGGAAACGAAGGGCUCGAACUUUUAUCAAUUGAGCACUCCGCCCCCGCCCCCGCCGGCUUACAACGAGAUUAUCGACUCGGACGAGUUCAGCAAGCCGUCUGGUUGGCCGGAGGCUCCGGACGGGGCUGACGAUGUAUCGCGCGAUCAAUACUUGAAGACGCGUCUGAGGGAGUGCCACACGGUUUCGUCUGUUAAGAGGGUGGUUCGACAGUUGGAUAUAGAUCUCUUACGAGAGCCGGGUUACAGUCGCCUUAUAUUCGAUCAUUUAUUGUCGUGUUCAGUGCGGGGGGAAUCAGGUGUUCAAGAGCUUAUAUCGUUUCUAGAUGACCCACACUUGAAUAUCCGAGGAGCAAGAAAUUAUCUUACGGUGGUCGAGCAUGUCGUUUCCCGUGGAACAAGCCAUGCAAAAUGGCACUCACUCUUCGACAACGUCAUUCAAGCUCUAGAGCUUGGGUUGAUUCCUCCCGAGGAGUUAUGCGCCAUUAUAGAGACAAUUCCAAAAUUAGCAGCGACAAAAAGUGGAAAGCGAAGACAGUCACCAUACAGUGUGACAGCAAUGUACCAAGCUAUGUGGGAUGCGAUCGGACGGUGUGAUAUCUAUGGGCACAAUGACCUGGAUGAGGGGUUAGUUGACGUGUGGCUCGGAGCUAUAUGGGAACGAAAUGUAUGCGAGGACUUGCCUUUGGCGAAAACCAUACUUCUAGCCGCUCAGAGCCUGGAGUCGGCUUGCUGCUCGUGGGCCACCCUAUUCAUCACGCGUUGGCUGGAAUUUCCCAAGAGACUGGAAUACAAAACGGAUGAAGUAUGUGCCAGCGAGAUAUUAAGCAGCCUGAAGCCGAAUAUUGCAGCGGCUUCUAUAAUAUCGACCACGGAAUUCUUAAUGUCUUCCAACAAGACAAAUCUGCUUGGGCGGUGGCACAUCUGCUUGUCUCAGGUCCAAGAGAUCCGACGCCUCGUUUCGUCAAUGGCAUGGAUUGAUAUCCAGUCGCAGCGUGAUACCCCUGACUCGACCUUCUCGCCGGAACACCAAAUAAUCCUACGUUUAUGGGCAUUACGAACUCUCAGCAGAAGCCUUCUUGAUGGUCCUCUGUGGAGGAAGGAUGUGAGAGCCACUGAUAGACCUAUAGCACGCCUCUUCAGCCUCUAUGAAUUACUCAGGCAGGAUGUGGCUGAGCAUGACAUGCUGAGCAGCCUGAUGAAGGGAAUUCAUGACCUGAACAUGCCUGCCAAUGGUUUACUUAUGCUAGCUGUUGAUAUGAAGGCCAGGAACUCAGUCACCAGAUCGGCCCGUCAGACUUUGACGAAGCUAGAGUCAUCAAAUAUUUCGUUCGCAGAUGUAUUUGCAGAUCUUGAUGCCUACAACGCAGCGUCGCCUCACUUCUUCUCCAAGUUUGAGAAAAUGGUUCGGAAAAUCGACAUAACAUCCCCGGAGUUCGUCGAGCAUGGUCUCGACCUCGCUAGAACCGGAGACUCACGAAGCGUCUGGACCCUGAUCCGUCUGCUUCGCUCUCAUACUCCUCUCAAAAUCGCCCUGUCGAAGUCAUGGGUACCCAUUCCCAACGCCUCGGAAAAGGCGCUGGUGCGCUACUACCCCGAGCCUCGAACCAGCGACUGUCCAGACCCGCAUGCAGCUCUAGAGAUGAUCCACCUCCUCGCUGUGUCUCUUGCAUGCUCGAAGCGCCUGACCCCGCGCCGUUCGUAUAGCCUCGUUCAUUGGCUCUACGUCUUCCUUGUGAAACAUAAUGCGCCUGUGAAACCUGCUCUAGCACGCGCGAUGUACCACGCUGGUGUUGAACGCUUCCGACGACAGGGACUCCGCGUCGCUAUUACGCAGUAUGCGUACGUCUAUGAUGUAGUGGAGGAGGUUGAGGGGGCUGAUGUUGCUGCAGAUCUCAUGGAUCCGCCGCGAAUGGAGCACAGGUUUUCCAGGCCUGACGAGUGA